AUGACCUCAAAGGCCGUACACCUCGAGCUGGUGUCUGAAUUGUCGAGGGAACGGUUCAUUCAAGCACUCAGGAGAUUCACCGCAAGGCGAAGAAAAUAUUUGGACAUUUACUCGGACAUUGGGACAAAUUUUGUAGGCGCCAAUAAUCAGCUUCGUAAACUUCUGAACAGCGAAGGUCAUAAGAAGAAAAUGGCACGACAGUACGCUGGAGAAGGAAUCAAGUGGCAUUUUAAUCCGGCCGACGCGCCACACUUCGGAGUAUUGUGGGAGGCGGCGGUACGAUCGGCUAAACAUCAUUUGAUACGCGUCUUGGGGGACGAUCCAGUCAACCCUGAAGACUUCACCACAUUGUUGGUUCAAGUUGAGGCCUGCUUGAACUCACGACCAAUUACAUCGCAGUCAGAAGAUCCCAGCGACCUGGUACCUCUGACGCCCGAACACUUCAUAAUUCGCAAACCAGUACAGCAACUACCAGAUCCCGACUACUCCAAUAUUCCCAUGAACCGACUACACUAA